AUGUUUGGGUUUAAAAAGUCCAAAGUGCGGAGGAAUAUUCGCAAGAGAGACGACAAUGCGGCAGAAGAAGAGCUAGUCGAUGACGCGCCAGUGAACAUUGUAAAGCGAUCAACAAAACAGACAAGCAAGCCCGCGACACCGCUCUCAGCGUCCACCGGAUUGAGCUUUGGCACAGAGGAUAAAUCGGAUUCUACACAGACACAGAAAAUCCGGGCCAGUCUUCAGCUAAACGAUGGUCUUGUUGGACAGACGGGCGCAAACGAGGCUGGAGCCAGAACGUAUUUGGCUGAGGACUUUGAAGCACUAAAGAGCGCAUCGGCAAAGCCUUUGGAUUUGAGCGAGGAGACAUGUGCAGACAAGGCGUAUCCAUUUGCUGACGAGGGGAUUCCUAACGCGCAGGAUAUCUUUUUGGCAAAAAAACUGCGCCGACAACGCCAGGCAGCAGCGGCGGCGGCGACAGAUCAGCAGGACGACGGCUUGGAUAUUGACCAGGACAGGUUUAGUGAAGGCGACGAUUUUAUAUCAUUGACCGACAACAUGGCGAGCUCCCGCGUGAACGACACAAACGAGACCAAGCUGGAUGAUCCGUUUGACGACGGGGCAGCUGAGGGCGAGGAUGAGCUGGACAUGGUGAUCAUAGACAAGACCGAGCGCAACGAGUUUAAUUUCACCGCGCGCAGGGCCAAAGAGCAAUCAAUCGAGCAGGCGCAGGAUGCGGACGAGCCGAGCGACUGGGAGAACGAGCAGCUGCGCAAUGCCGGUGUGUCCCUGCAUAUCGAGCCCCGUGUGAGCGGACUGCGUCUGCCCGAAGAUAACGGCGGGCUCGAGUUUGACGACUCGCUUCUGAGGCUUAUGCUCGAAGAGGACCGGAACCAGUUGAAGAUAGAACAGCACAGGCUGGAGAAGGCGCAGGCGAAUUUGCAAAGGUCGAGGGAUGCUGUAUUGGUGAUUCGCAAGGGAACUGAGGAGGCGCAAGCGCAGCUCACCUCUCAUUACGAGCUGAAGCUUAUAUUGAUUGAGCGCGGCGGCCAGUUUCUGCGCUGCUUGUCAAAGACGCAGGUGACGCACAUCAUUGCUUCUGGCCUGGCCAUGUCCAAGGAGAAAGAGUUUAGGAACUAUAAGGUUGUACGGCCAGAGUGGGUUGUGGACAGCUCAUCCUACGACGACAAUAUGAGACUGCUGGCUGAUACAGACUGGUCUAGGGGUGUUCUAGGAAGACCCCCCGUACAUUUGGGAAUUUCUGCCAACGACUCUGCAAUAAAUCGGGCGAUGGUAAUGUGGCCAGAAUACAUCCCGGUUAUUGACAGAUUCGAAGAAGGGCUUAACCGCGAGUGGGUGCGUAAGAAUUUGGCGACAGAGAAUGAUUUUAUACAGCGCUACUAUGCUAGCUCGCGUCUCCACCAUCUGUCAACGUGGAAGGUCGAGUUGAAGGACUAUGUUGCACAGCUGCGCCGGAAGCAAGACAGGCCCAGCAGGCUGAACCAAUGCGGCGGCUCGGCUAUUCCGCGCGACCGAAUAAUCAUGCACGUUGAUUUCGACUGCUUCUUUGUUCGGCAAGCCUGCUUUCACAUCCAUACCUCAGAGACAAACCAGUGGCAGUAUGUCACUCCCAGCAACACCACAGCAUGGACACAGAGGACGGCGAUGGACUGCUUACGCGGGAUGAUCAUGAGCCAGGGCCGGCAGCUGUGUCCGGCGCUGAUGACUAUUCCUUACCAGUUUGAGACGUACAAGCGGAUAUCUCAGACAUUUUACGAUAUUAUCAUUGCAAUUGCAGACGAAAUACAGGCGGUCAGUGUGGAUGAGGCGCUUUUGGAUGUUACCGAACGGUUCAUCGGCAUCGGCCCAAGCAUGCUACUUGCUAGAAUGGCUACAACCAGGGCCAAGCCUGAUGGCGUACACUCGCUCAAUACACAGUCAUUUUGCAACCUGAAUAUUAGUGUCCGCGAUCUUCCUGGCAUUGGACACAUGGUGGAGAGGAGUCUUGCCAGCAACGGGAUCAGCAGUGUAGCAGAGGUUAGAGCGACUGGGCUGCAAAGACUGCAGGAUAUUUGCGGAGAGAAGAUGGCAGUCACGCUGUUCAAUUUCAGCCGCGGCGUUGAUGAGGGAACGUUGGAGUCGGACAAACCACGGCAGGUUUUCGGCGCAGACAUUGGGUGGGGUGUUCGGUUUUCCAACCAAGCCGACGCCGACAACUUUAUAGCCAGGCUUGCCAGCGAAGUGUGUAGGACAAUGUCGGCAGCCAAGCGCACAGGCAGCUCGGUUACGCUCAAAAUAAAGAAGCGGCGCGAGGGAGAAGGGAAGCCAGCAAAAUUUCUGGGCCACGGCAUCUGUGAUAGCUUGUCAAAGUCGGCAGUGCUAUCGCGGAUGACCAACGAGCCGGAAAAGUGGCCAAUGUCCAUUGAUCCGCUUGACAUCCGGUCGGUGGGAACCCAGGUGUACAAGCUGAACUCGUUUGAUUCCAGUGGUGGGGGCGACAUUGGCAGUAUGUUGGCAAAAUCCAAGGCGAAAUUUAGUGAGGGCCCAAAUUCAGGCCAGCAUGCUUUUCAUGAUUUGCCGACGGCGUCGCAGCUGGAUACCAGCGUUCUGAGUGAGUUGCCAGACUCAAUACGGCAGGAGUUGGAGUCGUAUUAUCGGCAGACAACCCCGGGUGCCAGCAUUACCACAACGGCAGGCAGCAUAUCUGCUAUGGGCAUUGAAAAUACCCAGAAGCGGCAUCGGGAGUGGGAGACGAGGCAGACCACGCAAACUCACAUUCCAGCCGACUUCCAGUGGAUCAAAGGGGAAGCAGGCAACGUAAAUCUUCUUCAGGCGUUCAAAAGGGUAGAGACGCUGGACUUGGUUAUGCCGUCGCAGAUGGACACAAAUGUGUGGGAGAACCUCCCCAUGAGCAUUUGCCGCGAGCUGGCCCGCGAGUACAUCAAGACAAAACUCACAGUGAGCGAGAAAAUAACACCAAUGACAAACCACAAUUUGGCAGCUGCUGGUGCUAAAGCAACAGUGGUGACAGGCCCUAGUAUCGGAGCGACUCCCAUGUCUAUGCUUUACGGCGCAUCUGAUAUCAGUGACGUCCAUCGGCUUGUCGGCGCAUGGGUCGACUCCUCAAGUGCUGGACCGCUGGAAGAGGACAUUAAUGAGGUUGGUGACUAUAUAGAGGAGCUGGUCCAACACCGCGAUCUGAUGAAGGCAACAAAUCUAUGGCAAAUCGCUCUGAAAAUUGUGCUGGGCCGAGCAAACAAGAUGUGCGCUGACAUGUACGGUGCGUAUCUCGAUAUUUGA